AUGAUGCUCGGCCAGGACCUUACCAAGGUCUUACACAAGCAGUCCACGUCGGUGGACGAAAGUGCCGAGUCAAUCGACAGUGACUCUCUGCUUGCAAAGAUCAUUGAGCUUGUUGGUCCAGGUGCCGCCAUCUCAGCUCUCCAUGAGGCUGGACGUGAGCUCGCUGACUGGAGCCCGCCGUCUACAAUACGAGAGCUAGUCGACUGCGUUGAAGGGCUACAUGAGGGAAACACUUUGCUCCAAGAGCGCUUCCCUGACGUUGCGGCUGGGGAACUUUAUCAGAGGUCGCUGCUCUGCGGCGCGAACAUCUGUCGCCGAGCUGAGGCAUUUGGCAGUAUAAGAUACUCGAUCACUGCCGCCUUUGAUUUCGAUACCGAGGCCCGCCAAGAUGAAAUCGCUCUACUCCAGGCUGAGCUGGACACCAAAAAGAAGCUCCUGGAGAAGGCCAAUGAGCGAGCUCGCGCAGCUAUUCAAGAUAUGAAAGACAUGAAGGAAGAACAAGACAAACUUAUCGCCGAGUGCUAUGGAAAGCCGGACUUCCAGAAUGCAACGCGGGAAGACGCUGUUAACAAAAUGAUCGACUUGGGGUCAGCUCUCGCUAACUGGAACCCGCCGUCUAUAACGCGAGAAGUUGUCGACUACGUUGAGGGACUACACUCGGGAAACGUGCUGCUCCAACCACUCGAUCUCCAGCUCCUCGGUGGGCUGGACACCAGCGAAGUAUUUCUCGAGGAGUGGCUCUCGCCGAGUGCUGGCUGGGUCCAGCUGUAG